CACACUGGCCAGGAUUUUUCGUACGGCCGAGCGGCACGGCCAACCGCGGAACUCAAAAUGAGGGCGAAAAAGCCCAAAAUGGACCUCAAUCUUCCCCAGAAAUGCAGGCCUACGAUUGUUCAAUCCAAGUGAAAGUGAUUUUUCCCGCGGAUUUCGUCGUGUCAGUUCGCAGAUGUGAGGAUUUUCCACAUACAACAUGGCCUGAAAACACUCCAAACUCAACCUUCUGGAUUUAUUUGUGUACAGUGGUAUGUGCCGCGCCGCACUGCACGCAGCGGGUGUGUGUGGCAGCGUGUGCAAUGUGUACAAACGGCACGGAGGAAUCGGAUGGUUUGGUAAAUUUUAUGUUCCUGGAUAGGCGCUUGGCCUGCAAGUGCAACUUAGAUCUACAGGCUUCCUCCGUUGUUUGACAAAAUUUAUUUUAAGUUCAAGUACGCAGGCGCAUCCACAACAUUUGACAGUACAUUACUCAGGCUGUUGCUUGAUGGUAGUCCGAUAUGACCCAAAAAAUUGAAUUUAUAGAGCGGUGGGGACUGAAUCCAUUAUGGCAGAGACCUAGGCCAUGGUGGAAGAAGAUGGAAGCAGCUGUGGUGUCUGGUGCCGAGCCUUAUGGCGCCAACGGUGCCCACGGUGGGCAUUUUGCGGUACACCAUGGACCUGGAGUCCGCGGUCAUCCUUCCUCACCAAGCCCCACCCAACCAAAUGCCAGUACUGGGGGCAUCAAUCCAACAACUGGAAUGUCAAACUGCCGAUCGCUUCCUCGGCUCCUUGAUGAGGAUGAAGAGAGUGGGGAUGAUUCCGUGGAUGAGGGCCAUGACGGCCAGGAGCCUGGCUGGGAAAGAGUCGUUAUCAACAUCAGCGGUCUCCGCUUUGAAACCCAUUCCAAAACGUUAUGCCAGUUCCCAGAAACCCUUCUUGGCAACCCUGAAAAGCGUAUCCGGUAUUUUGACCCACUGAGGAACGAGUACUUCUUUGACCGCAAUCGUCCAAGCUUCGACGCGAUCCUGUAUUAUUACCAGAGUGGGGGGCGGCUGCGCAGGCCUGUCAAUGUGCCCAUGGAUGUAUUUACGGAGGAGAUAAAGUUCUAUGAGCUUGGGGAGGACGCGAUGCUGAAGUAUAGGGAGGAUGAAGGCUUCAUACAAGAGGAAGAGAAGGAAAUUCCACAAAACACAAUUUCCCAGAAGGUCUGGUCGCUCUUUGAGUAUCCAGAGAGCUCCAAGAUGGCCCGGGUGAUUGCCAUCAUAUCAGUGUCAGUGAUUGUGGUUUCUAUCGUAACCUUCUGCAUGGAGACGAUGCCAGAGUUCAGAGGAGAGCAGGCGGUGGAUACUGCUAAUCCGACGGUGUCACCUUGUGGCGGCAUUUUGGCAGCUCAUCCGACGACGGAAAUACCCAUCGACAAUGGAACCACGUGGGAGGAGGAAUUAGCUGCAUACUUCCAAAAUCCGUUCUUCAUUAUAGAGACCGUCUGCAUCAUCUGGUUCACCACGGAGUUCAUCCUGCGCUUCUUGUCCAGUCCCAGCAAGAUGGUCUUCCUGAAAAAUAUCAUGAACCUGAUUGACGUGAUAGCAAUACUUCCCUACUUCAUACAAGUGGGUACCAUAGUGGCUCAGUCCUCGACAGAUCGCAACAGCCAAGCAAUGUCAUUGGCCAUCCUUCGUGUUAUCCGCUUGGUACGCGUCUUUAGAAUAUUCAAAUUGUCUCGGCACUCUAAGGGGCUACAAAUCUUAGGUCGAACUUUAAAGGCAAGCAUGAGAGAACUGGGGCUGUUAAUAUUUUUCCUGUGUAUAGGUGUAGUGUUAUUCUCAAGUGCAGUCUAUUUCGCGGAUGCCGACAGCAUAGACGAAAAGGGCCGGCCCAUAUUCAAAAGCAUCCCUGACGCUUUCUGGUGGGCAGUUGUCACCAUGACAACAGUAGGGUACGGUGAUAUGAAACCGCAGAGCACGGGUGCGAAAAUAGUCGGUUCACUAUGCGCUGUGACGGGCGUGUUAACCAUCGCGCUUCCGGUUCCUGUCAUUGUAUCCAAUUUUAAUUACUUCUAUCACCGCGAGUCGGAUAACAUGGACACUCAAGAGUAUUCCCAUGUACAAAGUUGCCCCUACCUUCCUCCGCCCUCGGCCAAGCGCAGCCAGAGUGGAAGCUGUAGUCAGAACUCAAUGAAUCACAUAGUAGAAAUGGAGGAAGGGUUGUUGAACCAACAGGGUGUGAUCCCUAAGUCUCCGUAUAACAACAACAUAGACAGGCGCCCCAACAACAUCCAGGGUAAUUGCAUUAACUUGAAUGCAGUCAGCAUUGAAACGGAUGUAUGAUUACAUGUACCAGACUCCAGUCUGACACUCUUCUUUUUUUCGUCUCUUUUCAACAGAACCAUUUCAUUUCAUUUAUUAUUUCGCAGGUCAAAUAAUAAAUGAAAUGAAAUGGUUCUGUUGAAAAGUUGAAAACCAUGUAUGUGUUCCAAAAACGCUGCUGUUUUUCUUGUCCACUAAAGUUCCAAACUGUGUUAAAUGUAUUAUCAUCCUGUUUUGAAGGCAACAUGAUUUUUUUCCCCCUUGAUUGGCCUAAAAUGGGGAUCAAAGUGAAGCUUCACAGAAUUUUGUCAGGCAUUUUUUUUGGGGUGGGGGGUGGGGAAUGGCUUAAAAUAGCUGCCAAUGCAGAGCAGCUCUGUGUAGUUAUAAGUAUCUUUUUAAAGGCCUGUUUUUUGUGAAGUGUUUUAUCAAUUUACAUACAUGUAUUAUUUUUUUUAAUUUUUAAUUUUAACGUUUAUAAGAUUUGUACAUUUUGUCAGUUGUCAAUAUUAGAGCACAGUUUUUAAAUCCAUUGACAAACAAGCUGGAAUUGUUUGUUUGAAAGUUUUUAUUUGGUCUUUUCUUGAACCAUUCUUGGACAAUAUCUUUACAAGACUGCAAUCUUGCCAAACAGCUUACGUUAUUGUCGUAUCAAAACCAAAGAUUCAGAAUUUGUCUGUUGUCAAGUUCAUGUGAUGUCAGUUCAUUUGCAAAAUUUUAACACAAAUGAUUUUAGCCCUUCAGGAAAAAAUAUCAGAAUCAGUAAUUUACAAUGCUAAUUUCUGUAAUUUUUCAAAUACCUGCAUGAUCAGAAAGAUCAGGUUUAUCGUCACUCUGAUAAAAAGCACAAUUUUUUUACCUACAGAUGUUUUUUACCAUGAUCAGAUGCGCUGGUAUGCACGUACAUGAUGGAUUGAUAGAUUUUUGUAAUCAGGAAAACAUCUUGAAAUGAAUUGGACCAUAGAGCAAGGACCCGUUAGACCGUGGAGCUAAAUAUAAUAGCUCCAUGAUUCGACAGACUGUGGUUGUUUCUUGUAAAGGCCUGCCUAUGCUGUAUGUUUUGUUGAUUAUUACAUGGAGCUAUUAAACACAUGGUUAUUACACAUGUUACAUGAACCUCCACCAGGGAUAAAUGUUUUCAUCGGAUUUGGUAAGUUUGUUGAUUGGUUUGCAAUAACAAGAUAACUCAAAAAGUUA